AUGCCUCUGACUUUAAAAGACAAUUGGAUUCAUGCAGCAGAAUUGACCGAGACCCAGUUGUUGAGGGUGAAUAUAGACGAGUGCGAUAAUCGGUACGAUGGCGAAGUUCAGGACGAUGAACAGUUCGGCGCAGCUCCAAAGCUGGGUCCCUACGGGGUACGUGGUGAGAUCGGCCGCGCUGGCGAACAGAUAGAGCUGGUCACGGGAAGAAAGCACCAGAUGACUGAGAAGCAGAGGGAUAAGGCAAUUGAGCCUGUUAUCCUGCUCGAAUAA